GAAAAGCAAGCUCCAUCUUUCUUGAAGGUGCCCGAGAACAACUACCACCGCGAGGAAGUGGAGGACCAAGCGCCGAUGCAACUUGUAGAAAAACGAACUUUAAGCGAAGCGAUUGCGGCAACUUUUCUCGCGCGACACCCCCUGCAUUUUUCUGGAAGUCGUGACGAUGACAACUUCGAGGCGAAAGUCCUCGAAGUGGAGCGCUUUCUCGCCGCGGCCGGCUGGACGUUUCCGCUCACUUGGGACGAAGUUUUUGUCCACGGGCCGCUCUUCCCGGGGCAACGGAUCAUCGUGCGACGUACUACUAUUCCAGAACAAGAACAAGAUUUUGAUGAAAGGGCGCAUCUUCUGCCAGUAAAACCAGGCGAGGAUCAUGUCUCAAACGGUACUUGCAGAGUGAACAACUACAACAGAGGAACUACUACUACAGUGCUGUCUGUCGUUGCAAUCGUGCGUAAAGCGGGCAUAGUGAAAGUACCGGCCGAGGAGGAUUUUCAUAGCGCCAGUUCGUCCUGUGGUGGCGAAGUAGAAUUACACGGUCAUGGGUUUCAUCGGCAAGAUGAACCAGGUUCAUCUUUCGGUCGUGACCACAAAAGCCACUCUACGCAUCCUGCUCAACCGCGUCUUCAGCAUGUCGUCCGUUCGUACGAGUUGAUAGUCGACAAGGCACAGGCCGGGUAUCUCAAGAGCAUGCUGCUGAAAUCAGCCAGGAAAAACGCCAAUGCGUUCAGCGACAGCUGCGGUCAAAGAAUGAAUUUGGCCCCCUCGUCUUGUUCAUCAAAAAAGACAUCGUCCGGUUGUUUCGUCCCGCCGGGGAGCGGCGCGGGUGAUUCACCUAAUAGACCAGGUCACAAGCGAGCGAUUGGCAGGACCACAAUACCCGUAGUGUCACAGCACGACGAAGAGCAGCCUCACGCACAAGCCCCCCCGGAUAAUUCCAGGUCCUACUUGCGGAAUAGUGUCAACAACAAAAUAAAAAGCAGCAAACUCCUCCCGCGCAACGACUCAUGUCCCCCGGUGUUGGAAGGUUCUCCGCAGGGCGCAGUGAAAAAGGCACCAGUUUUGUUCGCGGCUGCCUCGCCGGGCCGGAGGAAUGGAAAUAACGCAAGCAGUUGUACUAGGCCAGGCAGUACCAGUAGCGCAAGCAGUAGUAGCGGUACGGCAACAACAUCAUCAAGUGCGAACUGGUAUAGAAGUAGCAACAAGAGUUCUUGCAAGAGCACGAGCAGCACAACCACGACUGCUGCGAAAACAACAUCAAGUGUCCUGAUGCAACCCUCUUCCUCCUCUACCUCUUCCUCCAAAACCCCAAACAACACGACUGCUCUGCGACGGACGACCGUGAGCCGGAGCCGCCCCCAGCCUUUUGACCACCGGUGGUGUGGGGAGAAAGUUGUCGUGAAAGCUUCGGACUUGUUCUUUAGCGCCAGGACGACAACAUCAAACUCCUUUUUGGCGGAGACCGCGGCUGCGGGACGUCGAGAGGAUCCACCAGAAUCUCCUGGAUCAAGCAAGAUCGGGAUUAUAUUGGACGACGAAGAAACAGCAGCAUCAGCUGUUCGCCAGAAUCAAAACGUCGACCUUGCUGGUGCUGAAACAACAUCGAGAAUUUUCCGGCAAGAAAAACAACAGCACGGCAAAUCAAACUCUUCGCCGCCAAGAACACGACCGCAGCUGCCAUCUACUUUCCCGAACCUGCAGGACUGGCUGCGCAGUGCGGUUCUCGUGGACGGGUGCUACGGGGAUUACCGGCAUUCGUUGUGCAACGGGUGGUAUCGCCCGGUUGUGGCCAGCAGCGAGGAGCUCGCGAAAUGGCCGGGCCCGGACCAGUACGACUUGCCAGUAACCUUCAAGUACAGCACGGCGGCGAGUAGUUCUUCGAGUGGCAACAAGAACCUGCGGUACUACGAGCUGCGGUACCGCGAGCGGCCGGUGUACCGCAACGCUGCUACUGGGGCGGUGAUUUUCUGGAGCGGGGCGUGGAAGCUGAAUUUCGAGGAAAACUACUACGCGUGGCUGUACAGCAACGACGCGCCGACGGUGAGCCGGGUGCCCGAGGGCGAGUGGGAUCGGUGCGCGGAUCCAGAAGACUUUGUGAUGUCGAACGCGACAAGCAUCAACGACGCAGGAAGUGGUCGCAGUAGUUUUCUGCCCCUGCAAAGAUUGUACAACGAAACGAACGCGAAGACCGCGGUGGUGUACGGGGAAUUUGUGGAAUUCUUCGAGCAACAAGAAACUAGUUCUAGUGCCGAGAUUAUAAACAGUACCACCAAGAAAGGUUGUACUAGUGCAACGAAUACGUCCAACUGUCAUUUCGACCUGCACAUGUUUGUGUCGAAAGUGUUGCAACUGCAUGCGCAACGCGACGCGAAGAAGUGCCGCGUGCGCCGGGGAAAUCCGCUUUUUCAGCAGUUCUUGAAGGUCCGGGGAAGUAGUAGCAGUAGUAGUGGGUCUGCAUCUGCAUCUGCUACCACUGUUGGUGGUGGUGCUUCUAGCGCAACAGAUACUGUGGGCAGUCCGGAAGAGCUGCAGCAGUUGCAGCAACAGCAAGAAGCUACUUGUACGACUAGCAGAGCAAGUAGUAGGCGCACGCCUACGCGUGGUGGGCUCGGCACAACUAGCGGCGGAAGUACCAGUAGCAGUUCGUCAUCAUCAAGUUCUAGUUCCUCCAGUUCCUCAAUUGAAAAUCAUCACCCGGGCGCAGGCUCCAGCACAAUGGAGCGGGCUGAAGAUGUCGGCGGACGUGCGAGAGCCCGCCCAGAUUACAUGGCAACUUUUUCACAUCUUCCUGCACCUGCUGGGACGAGAACUUCUCCGCUGCGUACUACUCUCGUCUUUCCCAGGGAUGAGUUGCGCCCUGGGUCGAUUGUGCGUUUUCGUUUGUUGUGUAAGAGGCCGGAUGAAGAAACUAGAAGUAGAAAAGCAAAAAUGAGCCAGAAGAUGAGCCCAACAAACCAUGACCACCACAAAUCCGCACUUUUGUUGCGUGAGAGCUCCUUGUCUUCUACCGUCCCGCAUCCAAGUAACGGUCGUGAUCAGCACCAAGCGGCAGGCGCUAAUAGCAAUACGCCAUCAAUAACGUCGUCAUCGCAGACACAAUCAGCAUUGUGGGAGGUCUGUCAGAUUUUGACGGAGGGUGACCACGUGCCUGCCUUGCCACAGCGAGCGGAGGGAAAUCAUUUUGGAGCAGACACAGAGCCAGAACCAGAAGCGAGUGGCAGCUCGUCCUCCUCCUCCUUUUCUGCUAUGCAGACAAGGAACACCAGGACCAGCAAUUUCCACCCGGCUCAAGAACGUCAACCUCAAUCCGUCGACCACCAUGAGGAAGUUCUGCUUUCCUACUCCUACAGAGGUGACGAUGAUGAAAACAUGGCUGAGAGAACAGAGCCAGAAUUUUUAUCUUCAACAACAUCAACAACAGAAGUUGGGCAGGAGAACGUGCAACCUGAGGAAAAUUCUGCUCGGGCUGAAAACGGCCAGAAUACAACUAAAGGAGCACCAUCUACAACUGCAAUACGUUCUUCAUCACGACAGGGGGAAGGAGAGCAGGAGAAAGGUACCCAGCAGGUACUACAACCAGUUCGUCGAGGACGAAGAUCAACCUGUAGAAGUACUAGCCGGGUCCUCCCCGUGGAGGAAAGUCAUUUGUUGGCUCCACAAGAAGUUGUACUAGCGGAUGCGGAAGUAGAUGAUCCUGUUGUUGAGCAUGUUGAAGAGGGCCAGUUACUACAAGACCAAGUUCAACACCCGCCAGCACCUCAGAGCGACGACAACCAGCUAGAUUUUUCGCUGUCUGGAGCAUCCUCUUCCUCCCGACGCAACACGAAGGACAGUUUUCUGUCUGGCACGGACCCCCGGGGUCCCUCAAGCCGGCCCUGCAGC